AUGGGUAGCAGAAAAGAAAACCUCAAGAAAACCCUGGGAAUAUCGGAAUAUCCGUGGAGUUCAGAUGAUGAAGAUACUCCAUCACAACCUCUACAGGUGUUGAGGAGACAAGCAGAUGAACCUCGGCCCAGUGUGGCCGAUAUGCCUGGAACUAGCAGCGGAAAUGUUUCACAACAAGCGACGCAUUCACCCGCAACAGCGCGGAAACAACAAGCUAAACUAGACCAUGCUCUGUUCUGGUCCAUCAUCAAUAACACCCCAAGACCCUCAAAUGUUGGAUCCAGCCGUCCUAGGUUAGCGAGUGACAUGCCUGUGACAUACGUGUCCCGACCGUCAGUCCCCUCCCGCUCCGACUUGCGGGAAUCGCGGCGAGCCGAGCGUACGACGUCUACCUCAGACAUACAGCGCAUACUGGCUUUCAAGAGACUCACCCGUAGCCUGCAGGACUACACGCACUACAAAACUGGCACAAGUUCAACCUUACGGCAAAUGGCCAGCGGGGGUCCGUCGCGCAGCCCGUUGUUCACUCCGUCAAUGUCGGCAGAGACGUCCAGGUCCAGAACUCACAAGUGCUGUAUUCGCCCGCAAGUUGGACGCAUAUACAGGACAGUAAGCAGUUCUUCUGAAGCCGUCGGCGCGGGUGAUCCUCAGCCAUCUCAGAGCCGUUACCGCUCGCUCCCAACUCGCUCCAGCGUCCCGUCAGACAUAGACACCAAUCUGGCCGUGCCUGAACAAGACCACUUUGUCAAUGUUGAUCAAUCUGAUGAAGAUGUAGAAGCUGUCCAAGAGCCACCUGCAGUUCCUGAACAACCUGAUGAGAAUAAUGCUGAUGAAGAAAAUGUCCAAGCCCCAGCGCACGACACUGGCGGCGCCAUAUCGUUGGAGGAAGAGAUCGUGGAGGUGGACGCCCCGGACGAGCCUGAGGCGGUGGCACCCAUGGACACCGAACCUGACGCCGCCGACACACAUGCCAAUGACGACAACAACGCAGUGGCCACAAACUCUGAUGAGAACGCUGAGACUGCACAAUCCCAGUCUCCAUUCCAAGGUGUCAAGAGGAAGCGGGAUGCGAGUGAUGAAAAUGGAGAGCCCUUCUCCGUACAGGAGUUUAAUCAAAGCCUGCUGCGUCUGCUGGAGUGCCCGGUGUGCCUGGAGUGGAUGGAGCCGCCCAUGUCGCAGUGCCGGCGCGGGCACCUGGUGUGCGGGCGCUGCCGCGCGCGCCUGGCGUCGUGCCCGGUGUGCCGCACGGCCUUCUCGUCCGUGCGCAACCGCGCCAUGGAGGGCGUGGCCGACAUGCUGCGCUACCCGUGCCGCCACGGCUGCGGCCGCGAGGUGCGGCUGCGGCGCCGCGCCCCGCACGAGGCGUCCUGCACAGCGCGCCGCUACCACUGCCCCGCGCCGCCCUGCGCAAGACACCCGCCGCUGCCGCACCACGACCUCGCGCACCACUUCCAGUGUAAGCACUUACCCAUCCUGAAGAUUGGAGCGAAGCACAAGUUCUCAAUGAAGGUAAACUCAGAGCAACAUGAUACAUGGUUGAUCAUGGCACUGGAUGAGUACUUCCACCUGCGCGUCGACGUCGACAUCCGUACGUGGGGAGUCAUCGUGUACGUCUCCUACAUCGGGCCCAAGCGCAAGGCUAAACAUUACAUUUAUGAGGUGUCCGUGGUGGGGCAGCACAACUCUAGAAGCGUGACGUACAAACGAGCCACACACAGUGACCUCGAGAGCUCGUCUCUGAACGUGAGCCGUCAGGACUGCUUCCACUUGACACUCGACCAGGCGCUCAACUUCCUUCGCUUCAAGAACAGGCAUUGCGAGCCUGACAAGUUCUUAGAUUUCGAUGUCGAAAUCAGAACAGCUCCAGAUUUCAACUCUCAGGAAUUAAGAGAAGAUUCUGAUUCAUAA